AUCGUCUGCCAGUUGACUUAAGUCUAUUUGGUUCUCAAAGACAUUCAAUUGUCCAAUUUCUGAAUUUUUAAAAAGAAUUGAGAGCAUUUUUGCUGUAAUUAAGAAGAGGGAUGGGGAAAUUGGGCAGCCUUGUUUUAUACCUGUGUUAACUGUAAAACGAGGGGAAGUACCACCUGAUAAAGCUACUGAGCCGUUGGUGUCAUGAUAAAAGCAUUUGAUUAUUAAGCUACAUUUCAAUCAGUAGGGGAUGGGGGUAGGAUGUAGUUGUUGACAGUAGCCUAUUGUAUUAGGUAUUAAAAUACGUUUGAGAGUAUAAAAGUGCCGUAAAAUAAUAUGUAGGUUGUAUGUUUGUUCAUGCGUCGCUGUUUUCUCUGUCUCGUUGAUGUAUGCAAGGAGGCUGCACUGCUGAGAGUUUAAAAUUGUGUGUACACUUGCCAAAGAAGCAUCAGUUCAAAGAUACUCUACAACUUAUCAGUCACGGUCAGCCAUGUUUUUUGUUUACGUUUGACGUCAUGCACCUGGAACGCUUGGGGGUCGGAAGUCGGAAAUGUCAACCAGGAAAUGACAAAAGAUCUGAGAGAGCGCAAAACAACUUUAUUCAUACGGUCAUUGGUUGCGCUUUGAAAGGGGUGACUUUUUCUGAGGACAAGAAGAUAAUGUCAGUCUGACCUCAGAGAAACACCAUGCUCCCAGUAAAGCUGAACAGCCGGUUAACUCUGAAUGCCCUGAGGAGGAUUCACCAUGGAACGUGUUACCCCUGUCUUUACUCCCUGUCAAACUGCUUCCUUCACAUGGAAGGAAGAAGGACUAGAGAUGGUCUCCACUCAGAGUCCAGUGUGUUGAGAAGAGUGUUUUACAGCCAGAGUGCAAUCCGCCCAUCGCUCACACUACGUGAAACACAGCACUAUGGGAGAAGAUCAUUCAGUUUAUCAGCUGCCACAAUUGUGAAUUCAGCACCAGCGCCUGUCCAGCCAUACCUCCGAUUGAUGAGGCUGGACAAACCUAUUGGGACAUGGUUGCUUUACCUCCCGUGUACAUGGAGCAUUGCUCUGGCUUCCGACCCCGGAUGUCUCCCACAUCUGGGCAUGCUCACCCUGUUUGGUACAGGUGCUCUGCUGAUGAGAGGAGCGGGCUGCACCAUCAAUGACAUGUGGGAUAAAGACUUUGACAAAAAGGUGUCCAGGACGGCCACUCGACCCAUUGCGUCAGGAGAGGUUUCUCAGAUGCAGGCACUAGUCUUCCUAGGAGGUCAGCUCUCUCUGGCACUUGGGGUUCUCUUGUGUCUAAACUAUUACAGCAUAGCUUUGGGUGCUGCUUCAUUAUCGCUUGUCAUCACCUACCCGUUGAUGAAGAGAAUCACUUACUGGCCACAGUUUGUGUUGGGCCUCACUUUCAACUGGGGAGCGCUGCUCGGCUGGUCCGCUGUCAAGGGCUCCUGUGAUUGGUCCGUAUGCCUCCCGCUGUAUUUCUCAGGAGUGAUGUGGACGCUGAUAUAUGACACAAUAUACGCACAUCAGGAUAAGGAGGAUGACGUCAAGGUAGGAGUCAAAUCUACUGCACUGAGGUUCCAGGAGCAAACCAAACCUUGGCUGAGUGGCUUCACAGUGGCCAUGAUGUCAGGACUGGUUGCAGCUGGGGUCAAUGCUGAACAGACUCUCCCUUACUAUGCCGUACUGUCCACAGUGGCCGUUCACCUAAUGCAUCAGAUUUACACAUUGGACAUUAACAAACCAGAGGACUGCUGGAAGAAAUUUGUCUCAAACAGAAACCUUGGACUGUUGUUAUUUUUAGGCAUUGUUGCUGGCAAUUUGUGGAAAGAAAGAAGAGAGACUUUGCUGCAAAAUGAGGAAGCAUUCAGAUAAGUGAGAUAAUCAGUACAAAUAUUUCAUUACAUUUAUAGUAUAUCACAUACUACAACAUCUUUUGGGAUUUUCACUCCAAACAAAGCUCUAUGAGAGAGCAAAACGAUAAGAUAGGAAGAAGAAGAAGAUAAGAUAUGAUGAUUUUAACCCACACAAUAAAGUUAUUGACUACAUUUCUUUGCUUAUAAAACACAAUUUACAUUUGUUGAUUUAAAAAUUCACUUUCAGCUGGAUAUUGUUGAGAUUAAAUAAAUAAAUAAAUAAAAUACC